AUGACCUCCAAUACCGCAGAUCGUCUCCCGCGGGACCCCGCGCCUAAGGGAAAAUCCCGCAAAACAGAUGUGAAUGUCCCGAUCCGAAAACGCCGCAAAAGGACCGUGGUCAGCGGGGCCCCCGACGAUUGUUUCGCCUGCGCAAAACGAGGAGCACGAUGUGACCGACGCCGACCCUAUUGCUCUCAGUGCCUCGACCUCGGCCGCGAAUGUUCCGGAUACAAAACGACGUUGACAUGGGGCGUGGGUGUUGCAAGUCGAGGGAAACUCCGGGGGCAGAAGCUCCCGGUGAUGGAAUCGGAGGUACAAUCCACGGCCACUACGAAAUCACCACCGAAGGCAGAUAGCAGCAGUCCCUCUUCGUCCCGAGCUCCCGCCUAUGCUUCAGCCCCCGGACCUCCGGGCACUGGCCCAACAACUGCAUCAUUCAACGCGACAACUCCGAACGUGAAACAGGAAGGCAGUCCGCCCAUGCCAGAUGCUGUCGAUAUAUCUUCCAAUAUGGCUUGGGUAAUGGAUAUGCCGGAUCCACAAUCUUGGUCGACGACGUGUGCUGCUACAGGGCUGCCGUUACCAAGUCGGCCGUUGAUUUCAAAUGACCAGGCCAUGGUUCCAGAAACGCCUCAAUCAUAUGCUCCUAUCCUAAGUCCCACAGCUAGUUUCGGUUCUCCGGUCUGGCCGGCAAUAGCCUCAUUCUCAGGUCAAGGUGCUACUCCCCCAACGUCACAAGAGACGGAUGAGGAGGAGGUUCAACAUGAUCCCAAUCAUACGAUGUACUGGAACGCCGCUCACUCCCCGUCUCUUUCCCAAUUACUUCUAGCCCGAUCGGUGGGCCGGACCCCGCGUAUCCGUUAUCUCAUCAGCUAUUAUGCCGAAGUCAUUGCUCCGAUGAUUGUCGCUUUCGAUACCCCCACGAAUCCAUUCCGAACUCACGUCAUCCGUCUAGCUAUGGAGAGUGAGGCAUUGCAGGAGGCAAUUGCAACAUUAGCGACGAGUAAUCUUCGCCAGAGACGAGAACACAAUCACCUCUCGACAGAAAGAACCUUACCAGCACGCAUGUCAUCGAUGGCUCAUCGCGCCCUGACUGAUGAAGAUUUCCAAGAUCGAUAUGGCAUCUCAAUGGUGGAAGGAUAUCAGAGAGAAGAAAACCAUCACCGCGGGAUGGCCGUCAAGGCCUUGAAUGCCGAUCUGGCCGACCCUCGUCGCAGGUUGUCAGACUCCGUCCUGGCGACAUUGUUGAUACUCUGUCUUUUCCAUGGCUGCGAUACUGGUGUUGCGAGUUUCCGGUCCCAGUUUGCUGGAGUAACGAGACUUCUUGCAAUUCGAAUGCGCCAUUCCCGAGUCAUAUCGGAUGAUCUUAAAUGGUUCAUUCGCAUGUUCUCGUGGUUUGAUACGUUGACGGCAACUACCAAUGACCGUGAUGUGCAACUUCGCGGAACAUGUUUGGAGAUCAGCUCGAAAACAGACGGAGAAUGGGGCUUAGAGAACCUGGCUGGCUGUGAUGGCCGUCUAUUCAAGCUGAUCUCCCAGUUGGGACGUUUAAAUCUCCUCAGUCAGGACCAAGAGCCUAAUCUAGCACGCCCAAGUGACGCUGCCGUCUCUACCACCUCUCUCCCUCCUAAUAUGCUGUUCCCCGGAUGGGAAACGGUAAACCCAGGAAUGGGCUACGCACCGGACAACGGAUUCACUCUUCCCACACCACCCCAAAGCAGCGACUCAUCCCGUCGGCCUUCCUCCCCAGCAUUUUGGACAGAGUGGUAUUCGCUCAGGCAGCGACUCGAGUCCUGGCGAUUCGACCCACCUGCUACGACUGCUGGAGCUCCUUUCCCCUCACCUCCGUUGUCUGCAUCCACAAUGACCUGGAACUCUACCACCUAUGUUACGCCACCGACCGUUACCUCAGGAUAUCAAGUCGCACCUGAGAAUCUCCAGGACGUCUACCAGAUCUCGGAGUGCUUCCGUCAUGCUGCCCUACUCUACUGCGAACGUCUCGCGGAGCCGACCCUACCAUCGCGCCAUGGCCGGAUCCAGCACCUCGUCCAGCUCGCCAUGCACUGCAUCAUCACCGUGCAAUCCGAUGUGUAUCUGCUGUGGCCACUGUUCAUUGUCGGUUCGGAGUGCGUCCAAAAGGAUCACCGCGCCAUCAUACGGAAGCGCUGCAAGGAUAUUUCCAAGGACUCGGGCUUCAUCAACAACCUUUCCUGUCUGAAGCUCCUCGAACGGAUCUGGGCCGAUCACUCCGACGAAUCUUCAUUCCCAGUAUAUCCUAGCGAGCUCGGUCCCCCGCCUCCGCUGGCUAGCGGCAGGGCGCCAGCAUCGCAGGCCUUCCGGUGGUCCCGUGUGAUGCAGGCCAAGCGGGGCGACGGAGAGUACAUGGUUGCAUAG